AUGGUGUGGGAGAUGAAAGCAUCGAGAAACUGUACUAUACAUCGAUUCCAGCGCUGGUUCAUGGUUUCAACUUUCAAUUUAUGCGCUUCGCCACUUCCCUGA